GCCAAAGCUGUUGUUAAUGAAUCAACGGCAGAGAAACAGUGAAGACGCUUGUUGAGGAGCUGACUUUCAACUUUGUAAAAACAGUUAUUAAGUAUUUGGUCCAUUGCGCCACAGGGGACCCAGGAAAAUGCUCCCAUCUGUCAUAGUAGGGCUCAUGCUCUUCUCCUCUACCUGUGGAGAAAAUCCUGCAGUACAAGUCAUCUUGACUGACAAAGGACUUCAGUAUGGAAAGCAUGUCGGGGCAGGAUGGAUUCAGGACAGGUUGGAGCAUGUCAGUCUCCCUGACAUAAAUGGUAAAAUCUUGGGUGGCAUACACUACACACUAACAGGAGUCACCAUAACAAAGUGUGACUUUCCAGAGCCAUCUAUUGAGUUCCGUCAAGACGUCACAGGACUCAAGUUGUCCACCUCAGGCCUCAGUGUUGCACUAACCGGCGAGUGGAUGACACACUUUGGCAUAAUACAUGACGGGGGAACAUUCGACAUGGCUGCAUUCAAUAUGGACGUGACCUCUGUAGUGGAGCUGGGGAAAGAUCCUGACGGGCAUCUGUCUGUCACCAGUGUCCACUGUGAUGCUCGGGUCGGAAAUGUGGACGUGCGGUUUCACGGUGGAGCAAGUUGGAUCUUCCAGCCUUUUGUGGAGCAUUUCAAGGGGCGUAUCAGGGGUGAAAUAGAGGCCACAAUCUGCCCUAAUGUGGAGGAGUCCAUUGUAAACUUGGAGUACCACCUACAGGCCAUGAAAUUGUCCUUUAAUCUGGAUGAAAAAUUUACUUUUGACGUCCCUCUCACCGGCCUACCCAUCAUUAAUUCUUCAAGUAUGAAUCUAGGCCUUAAGGGAGAGUUCUACGAUACCAAAGCUCAUACCGAGCCUCCCUUUGAGGCCCAGCCUUUCACCGUGCCCGAGCAGCCGGCCUACAUGCUGUCUGUGGGCCUGUCGGAGUUCACUAUGAACUCUGCCUCGUAUGUGUUCUACUCAGCUGGCCUGCUGCAGGUCGUCAUCAUUGACAGCAUGAUACCUCCGUACCUCCAUAUGCACCUGAACACCAGCUCGAUGGGGCCUUACAUUCCUCAGCUUCCCAAGAUGUUUCCAGGUCUUCUGAUGACUCUGCAGAUUUAUGCCAGAGAGGUGCCCAUGUUUUCCUUCCAGCCCGGUGUUGUUAAACUGGGUCUUCAAGGCGCUGUUAAGGCUUUCGCCAUCCAACCAAAUGGUACCCAGACCCCGCUGUUCAAACUCAAUGUGGACCCAAAACUCAGCGGUAAAGUGUGGAUUGCUGAUGGAAGACUGAAGGGCUCCAUGGCCCUGGAUAACUUUACACUGACGCUGGAGGCGAGUGAAGUGGGAACCUUCCAGACUGAUUCUUUGGAACGUGCAACGAAGGCAGGAAUGAUGUUCGGCUUGGUAAAACUGAACACGGAACUGGGCAAAGGUCUUGUUUUACCCAGAAUGAGACACGCAGAGCUGGUCGACACAGUUCUGGGGAUGGAAGAGGGGUUUAUAGCCAUCUCUUCAGAUGCUCAGGUGUUCCUAACAGACAGAGGCUUCAACUGAGGAAAACAAACGGGUCUGUUUAACUCACCAAAACAUGGACGCUCUUCAUUUCAGUUCACAUUUUAAAACCUUUCAACCAGCAGUUCAUAAUCACCAUCUACACAUCUACAGCAUUCAUGUCAAAUCAACAGUUUAAUCCUGCAGUUCGUCUUUAUAAAAGCUUCUAAAAGCCUCAAAUCAGAUUUAUGUUUCAAACAAGGUAUUAAAAUUAUUUUUUAAAGUG